AUGGGACAUCACGCAGAAGUCACUAGCGGCUAUGCUUCGUCGCCCAAGAGCGGAGAUGCCGUCAUCACCGUCACGCCCGAGCAUUUGGAUUAUGCGAGUUCAGCCUCGGAUAUCUCGAAUAAGAAGCCGGGAGAAGGGCCAAUCGCGCUUCCGGCCUAUGCCUCGUGGAAGAACCGCAAGACGGCGAGUCGGAGAGCGAACUUGGUCAGGGAGAUGAAGGAUGUGGCAGAACAAGCUCGCAAAUUCAUCUUCAGGAUAAAGGAUGUGCCGCCUAGCAAGGACGGCCGGCACAUCGCUCUCGACCCUACUCGCCCUUCGACCGAACCUCUCGUCGACGAACGCACUUCCCAACCCUACACUAGCAACUGGAUCCGAUCCACCCGCUACUCGGCAUGGAACUUUAUCCCGCGGCAGUUGGUCGCGCAGUUUUCCAAACUGGCAAACUUUUAUUUCUUGGUGAUUUCGAUUCUGCAAAUGAUACCCGGGCUGAGUACUACGGGCCAGUUUACGACGAUUGUUCCGUUGCUGUUUUUUGUUACGUUGAGUAUUGCAAAGGAAGGGUAUGAUGAUUUGAGACGGUGGAGAGCGGACCAGGAGGAGAAUAAGAGAGAAGCAAAGGUCCUGAGAGCGAGUCGUGCUUCCAAUGUCGCUGCUGCUGUUGGUGGGGUGAAAGGCCACUCCGUGGAUGGUGGCAGUGUUGUUUCACCAGAGUCCGAGGGGUUGCGCUGGGAGACGAUCAAGUGGCAGGAUAUCAACGUUGGAGAUGUCAUCAAGCUUGAGAGAAACGACGCUGCGCCUGCUGAUCUGGCACUUCUACAUACCAAUGGGGAGAACAAUGUCGCGUUUGUUGAGACAAUGGCGCUGGAUGGGGAGACGAAUCUGAAAAGCAAGCAGACGACGGCUUCGAUUUCCAAGACGAUUAUAGACCAGGAAGACGUCCUGAGAACCGAUGCCGAGUUCGUUGUCGAGGAUCCCAACCGCGACUUGUACAGCUUCGAAGGACGCGUCAUGGUCGACGGGAAGCAAGCGCCACUUACACUCAGCGAGAUCAUCUUCCGAGGUAGCAUCUUGCGGAACACACCAGAUGCGAUUGGCAUGGUCAUUUACUCUGGAGAAGAAUGUCGCAUCCGCAUGAACUCGAACAAGAACCCUAGAAUCAAAGCGCCAGCACUCCAAGGCCUGGUCAACCGCAUCGUCAUCCUCAUCGUCGUCUUCGUCAUCGCUUUGUCAAUCUUCAAUGCCGUGGCCUACAAGAUCUGGCAGAGGAACGAAGACGACAUGUGGUAUCUACGUGGCUCCUCUGUCGCAUUCUUCCCCAGCUUCACCUCCUUUAUCAUCAUGUUCAACACCAUGAUUCCUUUGUCUCUCUACGUGAGUCUGGAAAUCGUCAAGUUGGCGCAAAUGUUCUUUUUACAUACGGAUAUCGACAUGUACGAUCCCGUCUCCGAUACGCCGUGUGAACCGCGCACGUCGACCAUCAACGAGGAGUUGGGCCAGAUUAGCUAUAUCUUCUCGGACAAGACGGGCACGCUGACGGAUAACUCGAUGAAGUUCCGUAAGUUGAGUGUAGCGGGCGUGAGCUGGUUGCAUGAUGCAGACUUGAAGGAAGAGGGGAAGAAGAAGUUGAUCCACAAGACGAGGAAGAAGGGGAAGCAGCCCGUGAAAAACAGGAAGAGCGUGAGAUCCGCCAAGGAUGUAGCGGGCGAGGAGCCCGUCGUUGAAACAGUCGAGCAGUUGGAAAGUCCUGGGGAAGGCGGCCCGUCGAAUUGGCGAUCGAGCGCGAAACCGGGAAAGACAUCCCGCGAGCUGCGUACACAGGAUAUGCUGAGGUAUAUCCAGAGGAAACCUCAUACGCCGUUCUCGAAGAAAGCGAGGAUGUUCCUUCUUUCCCUGGCCUUGUGUCACACUUGUCUGCCUGAGAUUCAGGAGGAUGGUAAGACACACUUCAUGGCUUCCUCUCCAGACGAACUCGCCCUCGUACAAGCAGCACAGGACAUGGGCUUCCUACUCAUCAACCGCGACGUUCACACCAUCACCCUCAAGAUUAUGCCGACGGGACCCGAUGGCGAGUCAGUCUCAGAGGUCUACGAGAUACUAGACGUUAUCGAGUUCUCAAGCAAACGAAAGCGCAUGUCGAUCGUUCUCCGCUUCCCAGAUGGCCGCAUAUGCAUCAUCUGUAAGGGCGCAGAUUCCAUCGUCAUGCAGCGGUUGAAGCUAGCUACGCUCGCGAACAAGAAGAUGGUUGAGAUUGAGCGGCGGGCUAAUAUCCGGAAGAGCAUGGAGGCUCAGCAUGCGAUUGCGCGUAUGAGCGAACAUGCUGAGCGGCGGAGUAGUGUGGCUGGUCGUCUGAGUAGCGUUGGUGGCCGAAGGAGUAUGACGCUCAGUCAGGCUGCGAGGGCUAGUUUGAAUCUGGGCCGCCCGUCUUUCGCUCCCAGUGUGGGCAGAGGAGGUUCCGUGUCAGCGAGAGAUGAAGUGGAUCAGUGGCUACGCGAGCGUGAGAAUGACCGCAUGGACAUGUCGUCUCUCGAUGAAGAUACGCCGUACCAGACACCGACACACACACCCCGCCAAUCAGGUCUGGACCGCUUCAGCAUGGCCUUUUCAUCAGCACGCAGCUCGAUGCAGAUUGGCUGGGAAGACAUGGAAGCCAUGGUCGACGAAGGCAUUGCGGGCGACGACACCGCGGUCAUCGAACGCUGUCUCCAGCACAUCAACGAGUUUGCCACAGAAGGUCUGCGAACCCUGCUCUACGGCUACCGCUUCCUCCACGAAUCCGAGUACCAGUCCUGGAAAAAAGGGUACCUCAACGCAACAACCAGUCUCGUGGACCGGACGCGACUCAUCGAAGAAGCAGGUGAUGAGAUCGAACAAGACCUCGAUCUAUGUGCCGCUACCGCUAUCGAGGAUAAACUGCAGCAGGGCGUACCGGAGGCGAUUGACAAGCUGCGCAGGGCCAAGAUCAAAAUGUGGAUGCUAACAGGCGACAAGCGAGAAACCGCCAUCAACAUUGGCUACUCGUGCCGGCUCAUCAAAGAAUUCAGCACCGUCACCGUUCUCGACCACGAAACCGGACUCGUCGAACAAGCCAUCAGCUCCGCCAUAACGGCCAUGACAGCCGGCACCGUCGCCCACUCCGUCGUAGUCGUAGACGGCCAAACGCUUUCCAAAAUCACAGACAACGACCUGCUCGACACGCUGUUCCACGAACUCGCCAUCCUCGCCGACUCGGUCAUUUGCUGUCGCGCGUCCCCUAGCCAAAAAGCCCAACUCGUAAAGUCGAUCCGCAAACGCGUCAGGAAAUCAAUCACCCUCGCCAUCGGCGACGGCGCAAACGACAUCGCCAUGAUACAAGAAGCCCACGUCGGUAUCGGCAUCACGGGCAAAGAAGGUCUCCAAGCAGCCCGCACUUCAGACUACAGCAUCGCGCAGUUUAGGUUCCUCGUUAAGCUCCUGCUGGUGCAUGGCAGGUGGAAUUAUAUCCGCACGUGCAAGUAUACCGUCGGCACGUUCUGGAAGGAAUUACUCUUCUACCUCACGCAGGCGCUGUUUCAAAUGAAGGUCGGGUAUACGGGUACUAGUCUGUAUGAGUCAUGGUCGUUGAGUAUGUUCAAUACCCUGUUCACUAGUUUACCCGUCAUCUUCAUGGGCGUGUUUGAAAAGGAUUUGAGCGCGAGUACGCUGUUGGCGGUGCCAGAGUUGUAUACGAUUGGGCAGCGCAACGGUGGUUUCAACUUUCGCGUUUAUUUGGCGUGGAUGUUCAUGGCGAGUGCAGAGGCCAUGGUGGUUUAUUACGUCAUGUUGGGGUUGUAUGGGGAUGCGUUGUGGACGGAGGAUAACUCCAUCUUUGCUCUUGGGAGUAUUACGUAUACGGCAGCGGUGUGGUUGAUUGCGUUGAAGAUGCAGUUCAUAGAAACGCACUCCAAGACUGCGACCAACGCCAUCGCUCUCAUCCUGUCGAUUGGCGGCUGGUUCCUCUGGAACAUUAUCCUCUCAUCGCUGUACAACCCCGAAAACAAGAUCUACUACGUCCGCGACACUUUCUUGCGUGGUUUCGGCGCGAGUUGGUCGUGGUGGCUUGCUCUCGUGCUCAUCCUCUUGGGUGUCAUGGUAUUUGAGUUGGCGGUCAAGAGCGGCAUGGCGGCGUGGUGGACGAGCGAUGAGGAUGUCUUCCAGGCUCUGGAGAAGGAUCCGGGGGUUAAGCGCAGGUUUGAGGAGGCAGCAGCCGGGGAGCUGCAGCAGGGCUGGGAUAGGGAGAAGGGGAAGGGUGCGAAGGUGGGAAGUGAGGCUGGGCUGAGUGAGGUGGAGAGGGAGAAUGAGGAGAGGAGGAGGGAAGGAGAGAUCAAGGAUUUGAUUCGGAAUCGGGUGGAGGAUGUUGGUGCUGGGCCGCAGGAUGGUGGUGAUGUCAAUAGGAUAUUGAGUCGCGGGUUUGGGGAUGUGAAGACGACGUAG